AUGCGUGACAACCCGGACAUGCUGGGCUGUGAGUCCCACGUGUGGGAGAAACACCUUAUACAUUAUCUAACAGCUGCCCAGGACAAAAACCAACAGGAUCAGGAUGAGUUGCAGGAUCUGAAGGCCCAGCUGCUUAAAUUACAACUUAAUGAGGCCAGACAGAAGGUUAGCGAUAAAAAGAAAAACAAAGGAGACCAGCAGGCUAAAUUGCUUAUGGCUACGCAGGUAGAACCUGAAAGCUGGGACAGCGGUAAUGAUCAGGCUUAUCCGGACCUGUACCCCACCCCUCCAUGGGGGCCACAACCAUCGAGAGGGGGAGACACCCCACAGAGCCGCCCUGACAAGUACCUAACGGCAGAACCGGUGCUGUCAGUCACUGUGGAGAACACCACGCUGCCCUUUCUAGUAGAUACUGGUGCUACUGUAUCUACAAUAAAGACUGUGCCUAAGAACUCUUUAUCAUCUGACGUAAUAACGGUGACAGGUUUCUCUGGGGUGUCCAUUACUCUGCCAUAUACCAAACCACUUCCAACCACAGUGGGAAGACAGACUAUGAUGCACUCUUUUGUCUACUCUCCUGCAGUCCCGUCUAACCUCCUGGGGCGGGAUUUGCUGACCCGAAUGGGAGCCUCUAUUCUCUGCACACCAGACGGUCUGACAGUAACUUUUCCUGACGGCACGCAGAUACACUGUAACACCGCCUCUACCCUCUCCAGAGGCCAGUUCCUCAUACAGCCAGUAGGGGAGAAAGCUGCUGACAUCUAUUGGGGUUUAAUACGCAGUGAAACAGCAAAGCACGAGGGCAUCCUGUCGGCCUACCUCCAUUGGAAGCCCUGGAUUUCUCAGCUACACCCUUAUGUGACUCCUCCUGAUCCCCUACACGUAACCCUAUUUUAUGACAGGCAGAGUUCCGAAUGGUAUGAGAGUCAGUUUUCAGAACAGAUCGAGGGACAUGAAUGGACUAUUCACACUAACUGCAUUUAUGUGGCAAGAGUAGGGGUUGUAGCAGGAGUUGACCUUACAAACGAGCAACAGCAAUGGUACAUGAUGGGUGAAGAGGCGGCCCACGUGUCGCUCGCCCUCCAUCCUGAUCAUCAGGCUAAAGAAUUAGGGACGAUCGUGAGAACAGCAUUAGCACAGACAGAUUGGCAGGCUUCAGCCGUGCCCCACGUGCACUAUUCACCUAAAGCCGAAAUUUACAAAAUUCAGAUCACUUGUAACGACACUGCCUUAUUGGAACAUGUUCAGGUCUCCAGACACCAUGGUAGGGAGAAAACUGAUCACCCCGACACAAGCACCAUGCUACAGGAUCUCCCUAACACCCUGUGCAACGGGACCCACGGACGGGGGUCUUACAACCAUCCACCUCGCAGUGGAACACGCCUAUUCUUCCAAUCGAAAAAGAAAAACACGGGUAAAUUUCGAAUGGCGCAUGACCUUAGGGCCAUCAACGCUGCACUGUCGACCGCCACUAUUCCAGUUCCCAACCCGUAUGUGGCUUUGACAAACCUUGAACCCCAACACCAGUGGUUCACUUGCAUUGAUCUGGCAAACGCUUUUUGCCUUCCGCUAGCUGCGGAGUGCAGGGACAUCUUUUCGUUUACCUACCAAGGUCAGCAGCUGACUUACACCAGACUUCCCCAGGGUUUUGCUCUUUCACCGGGAAUUUUUAAUCAUGUAUUAAAAGACAUGUUAGCAGACUGCGACCUGCCUCCUGACACCACCUUGAUUCAGUACGUGAUCGACCUCCUACUGCUGCCCGACUGCCUCGCUUUGUUUGACGGCCACUGUUCUGUGUUGGCGCACCUUGCAAAGAAGGGAUUCAAGGUUAGCAAGGAGAAAUUGCAAGUUGCACGCAGGGUAGUCUCAUUUUUGGGAAGACAGAUUUCGCAGAAAGGGUCAGGAUUAUCCACGCAGCACAGAGACACCAUCUUGCACCAUACAAAACCACUCACCGUCAAAGACAUGCUUUCCUUCCUAGGCCUUACGGGCUACAGCAGGAAUUACAUUCCUGACUACACCAGCCUCACAACACCCCUUAGGGACAUGAUCAGAGAACAUGGCAUGCGCAACCUCACUGCCCAGCUUAACUGGACGGCGCAGGCUGAAGAGGCCUUUAUCAAGCUAAAACAGAGCCUCGCGACGGCAUCAGAGCUCGCCAUUCCAGACUAUACUGCCCCGUUCUUUCUUGAUGUUUCUGGAACAAACCUCUGUGUAAACGGGGUAUUGUUCCAGAAAAAAGGGGGAGAGAGGAGAGUUCUGAUGUACGUCAGCACAAUGCUGGACAACAUGGAAAAACGCCACCCAACUUGCACACAACAAGUAGCUGGCAUUGCAAAAAUCAUUCAAAAAACAGCACACAUCGUCAUGGACCACCCUCUACACGUUCUAACAACACAUAGCGUAGUGGCAUAUGUCCAAUCCUCUGCAUUUACACUCACACCACUGCGUCAAAGACGCAUUUGCAACAUAUUGGAAGCACCAAACCUCACGUUCACACACGAAGGCAUCAACAUGGCAGAACAGAUAGGAUCAGGAGAACCCCACCAGUGCACAGAGAAAGUUCAGAAGGAGGAAAAGGUUAGAGAGGACUUACAAACAGAACCAUUGACAGACGCAAGACAGUUGUUCACUGACGGUUGUUGCUACAGACAUGACCAAAAUGGCUUGAUCUCCGCGUACGCAGUGGUAGAACAGACGGAACAGGGAACACGCAUACUGAAAGCAGAAAAACUCACAGGACCGCAAUCUGCUCAGAGGGCAGAAGUUGUAGCAGUCAUUGAGGCUCUCAGAAUCGGUCAGGGCCAGAACAUCAACAUUUACACUGACUCAGCGUAUGCGGUAGGAGCAGUACACGUAGAGCUACCACAGUGGUUAAGGACUGGUUUCCUCACAGCGGCCAACAAACCCAUUAAACAUGAAACGGAGAUGAAACAACUGACAGAAGCACUGAUGCUUCCGAAACGAGUUGCAGUAAUUAAAUGCAAGGGACAUGAUAAAAUGCAGAGUAGCACUAAAACAGGAAACGACGCGGCAGAUGCAGCAGCGAAACAAGCAGCAGGCUACAAUCACAAUUUGGUAAUGCUGUGUGCAGAGACAGAGGCAGUGAAAACAACACACAACACUGACACCGAAUUAGAGCAGAUUAAACAGGAGCAAGACAAAGCCUCUCCACAGGAGAAAACAUUACUGAUAGCUAGAGGAUGCACAAACGUGCAGGGCAUGUGGAGAGGACCGGACGGCAGGUUAAUUCUGCCCCCUGGAAUCAGACAAACUGCCAUUGCAGAAGCACACGGAGUAGGACAUGUGGGAGUGGCGCAGAUGAUGCGAAAUUUGGAGCAUUGGUGGCAUCCAUUUUUGAAAGAUAUGUGCAGACACCAUGUGAACACAUGCGAGGAAUGCAUGCGUUACAACGCCAGGCCGACAGUCAAACCUCACCCAGGUCACUUCCCAUUGAUAGCAAAAACAGGUAGCGAAAUCAUCAUUGACUACACAGACAUGGUAAUGCCAGUCAGGGGCUUCCGGUAUCUGCUGGUGUGCAUCGACGCCUAUUCAGGAUGGCCAGAGGCGGUCCCUACAAAGCGCGAAGAUAGCAAAACAGUGAUCAAAUUCUUAAUCAAUCAGUACAUUCCACGACACGGGUUCCCUGAGAAAGUAAGAACAGAUAAUGGUACACAUUUCAAAAACAAAGAUCUCCAACAGGUUGAACAGUUGCUUGGGCUUAAGCACAAGUUCGGAACCGUGUACCAUCCCCAAUCACAGGGCAAGGUAGAAAGAAUGAAUCAGACUCUCAAGACUAAAUUGGGCAAAAUCUGUGCACAGACCAAAUUGACUUGGUUAGACGCCCUGCCCCUAGCACUCAUGUCUAUUAGAAGCUCGGUAAACCAGAGCACGGGAUUCACUCCCCAUGAGUUGACUACAGGAAGAGCAUUUCCUGGACCACCGACAAAACUGACAGGACUAGGACACGACUCUCAAACUCUAACUCCAAAGCAGUAUUUCCAUGAAUUACAGAGUCUCGUUGCAGCUUUCGCAGAACAAGUAGGCGAGCGAGCAGGAGGAAACGAAACGACAACGCCAGAGACUGAGUGGGUGUUACUGAGGGUCAUCAAGAGAAAGUGGACGGAGCCAAGGUGGACCGGACCCUACAAAGUCACGGAACGCACCUCCCAUGCUGUCCGGCUGGAUGGUAAAGGUGACACCUGGUAUCAUUGGAGCCAAUGUGCAGCGGCUGACGCGCCAACCAGGUCACUGAAAGAAACACACAGGGCUCUGUGUGAAGACAACGCUGGAAAGACCACCAAUCAACAAGGGACAGAAUAA